AUGGGUUGGGGAUGGAAGCAGGAUCUUGGGGAUGAUACACGCUUUAUAGAGUUCUACAAUCUAGUAUUCAUGCAAUACAACAAAAAAGACGAUGGUUCUCUUGAACCACUAAAGCAGAUGAACAUAGAUACUGGCCUCGGUCUCGAGCGCAUGGCUCGCAUUCUUCAAAAGGUUCCAAACAACUAUGAAACUGACUUGAUUCUCCCCAUUAUAGAGAAGGCAUCUGAAUUAGCAAAUGAGUUGGAACGUCUCACUCGUGUUUUCACUCAAAAUUCAUGA